CACAACCUGAGCUAAACGCCUACUUCAUGACAUCUGCUAUUUCUUCUUGAGUCACUCUUUAAUAGACUGCGUUGCGCCUUCUAACCGGUGAAAAAUCUUCGUCAUUUCUCUUUUACUUUUAUAGGAUUCGCCUACUGCUGUCUCGUGCAGCCUGCACACUGCAUCUUUCGGCUCCCCCACAUUUGGAGCUACCUUUGAAAAGUUUCCAUACUGCAUCUUUCCUCUAGCAUACCAACACGCCCACAGAGCGACCGUCGGGACCACUUACAUACCGGAUACAGUCUACGGGUUCAAAUCAUGGCGCAUCGCGAGUCGGCGCCGUACAAGCCGCAGAACGUCGGCGAAAUCUCGUUGAUGCUACAAGGUCUUGAAGCACAUGAAGGCAAGGGCAAGAAAGGCAAAGGCGGUUUCUCAUGCAAGAAAACUACAUUCACCCUACCAAAUGGGCAAAAGGUAGACUCGUGGCGUAUGCAGGACUGGGACUACAAGAAGGACAACCUGCCUACUUACGCGCGGGGUAUCUUCACCACCAAGAAUUCCCACGGGCAGCCAGAAAUCGUGGUGCGAGGUUACGACAAGUUCUUCAACCACGGUGAGAUACGGAAGACGGAGUGGCCGAACGUGGAGAAGAACACGAGAGGACCGUAUGAGCUGAGCGUCAAAGAAAAUGGCUGCAUCAUUUUCAUUGCUGGACUGGAGGAUGGCAACUUGAUUGUCUGCAGCAAGCACUCUACCGGCGGACGAGACGACACCCCAUUAAGCCACGCGCAAGCCGGAGAGAGGUGGGUGGACAAGCAUUUGGCGACGGUUGGCAAAACGCGAACAGACCUUGCCCGGCAGCUAAGGGCCAUGAAUGCGACAGCUGUUGCGGAGUUGUGUGAUGAUUCAUUUGAGGAACACGUGCUUGCAUACAACGGCGAGCAAGCAGGUCUCUAUCUGCAUGGCAUAAAUCUCAAUGUUCCCGAGUUUAUUACAUAUCCUGGCGAUCUGGUUGACCGAUUCGCAGCUGAGUGGGGAUUCAAGAAGACGAUGUAUGUCAUGGAGGAUGACAUACGCAAAGUGAAGAAGUUCUUGGAUGGUGUUGCUGAGACCGGUGUUUACAAUGGGCGUGAAACAGAAGGUUUCGUCAUUCGCUGUCAAGCCCGGAAUACUCCAGAUAGCCCAUGGGAGGACUGGUUUUUUAAGUACAAGUUUGAUGAGCCGUAUUUGAUGUAUCGGCAAUGGCGCGAGUGCACCAAGUCAAUUAUUGCUGGUCACAUUCCGAAGAUACGCAAGCAUAAGAAGAUCACAGAGGAGUAUCUAUUAUAUGCACGACGGCGGCUUGCAGCAGAUCCGAAUUUAGGCAAGCUCUACAAUCAGAAUCACGGUAUCAUCAAACUUCGGAACGACUUCUUAGACUCGCGAGGACUUAAGGGCGCGGAUAUCAUCAGACAGGAGAUUGAGGCAGGAGAUGAGGAGGAAUCGGUAACUAAGAAUGUCGUACUAGUUCCAAUCGCGACGAUCGGUUGCGGUAAAACCACGGUGGCUCUCGCUCUGUGCAAGAUGUUUGGCUGGGGUCACUUCCAGAACGAUAAUAUUCAAGGCUCAAAGAACCGUUCACAGCGUUUUGCUCAGGCGGUCUGCAAUGAACUAGCCAGUCAUCCAGUUGUUAUUGCAGAUCGCAACAACCAUCAGAAGCGAGAGCGGGAGCAGUUGAUCCGUGAUAUCUCCCAGGUUGUUCCUAAUGCGACCUUUGUCGCAUUGCACUACGUCCAUGACAAAUCGGACCAUGAUCGUUUGGAACAGAUACGACAGUCGUUACGCGAACGUGUUCUAGAGCGUGGCGACAAUCAUCAGACCAUCCAGGCUGGCUCGAAGUCUCAGGAUGAGAUUAUCGGUAUCAUGGAAGGUUUCAUUCAACGCUUCCAACCAGUGGACAAAGAAAACUUUCCAGACUCGGAUUUCGAUCUUGUCAUUGACUUGGAUCCCACAUCAACGUCUCGUGAAAAUCUCGAGACUGUUGUUGCGCAACUGAACUCAAACUUUCCCAAGCUAUUUGGUAACAUGCCUACUGCAAACGAUCUUGACGAUGCCAUCGAAGCCGCAAUGACCAGCUACACGGUGGAUGUGAAGCAUGACCUGAGCGGCACUUUCGGCAAGAAGGCCAACGGCAAGACGAAAGGACAAGGUCCUAAGGCACAGCGGGACCAGCAAGCUAAACAAACAGAUAGCGCUACAUCAGGUGGCAAGCCGCCGAAGGAGCCAAAGAUCGAGUUUUUCGCCGUUCGUCUCCCAGCUCAGCGCGUGACAUCCAUCCUUGAGACCCUAUUUCGUGACAAGGAUGCCGAGACAGCUCGCAUAUAUCGACAACUCAAGCAAUCCCGUCGCGUGCAACAAGAAUUCCAUGUCACGCUUAUGCACCGUGCUUCUGCGCCUCAGAAUGAAAAGUACUGGAACGAACUCUUGAACAUGCAUUACAAAGAGUUCCAUCCCCUAUGGGAGAAGGCGGUGGCAGAGGGAACCACCAAUGCUCUCCCAGAGCCGGAGCUAGGGAAGUGUCAGGUGUUUCUCGAGCGCGUCGUAUGGGAUAAUAGGAUCAUGGCCUUCGUUGUCCGCUUGUCAAGCGAAGGAGAUUUUGCAUUUGAGACAGUGAAUAAGGUCGCGCAUGUAACAGUUGGCACCGUCAAUCCCAACGUAAAACCGAAAGAGAGCAACGAUUUACUUGCAAGAUGGUUGGAAAUUGGCAGCGGCGGGCAGACUGGAAUCAAUGAGGAGAAGGUACCUGGCGAUGUGGUGCUUGAUGGCAGUGUUAGAGGAGUUCUUCAGCGUCUGGGCCGAUGAAACCCUGAUGCGCAAGUUUAUGGGGAAUUAGUGCACUUAUCAAAAGUCAUGAAAGCGUUUAAAAAAAAGCAAUACAGCGCAACGGCAUUUUCAGGCGCCCUAAGAUAGUCACGAUAUGAUAGCAAACAGAUAUAGUUCUGGUAGAAAUUGCAGACAUAUCGCAAGAAUUGUGCACCGAUGAAGCUACUUUAUCGAACAUUAUAUUAGAGCUACAAUUCAAACAAUUCAAAC